AUGGCGGAUCCCCGGGAUGCUCAACGUCCUCAGUAUCCCCCUCCGGACGAUUCAAUCCAGGCUGGCUACUAUGCACAACAAUCUCCUCAGCGUUCGGCCGCGAGAGACGACCGGAGCGGGUACCCUCCCCCAGAACCUGCGAGGCCGCAGUACCCCGACCCAAGGACAGGACAUCCAUAUCCUCCCCCCCAUGCAUGGCCAGGCCAGCAUGGUGCUUAUCCUCACUAUCCUGACCCUGCGCAUCCAGCGUAUGGAUAUCCUCCAAGGCCUGAUCUGGGACAACCCCCACCACCCAUGCAACCGGAUGCGUACCGCCUUCCACCAGUGUAUGCGCAUCCCCACGCAGGCUACUAUUCAUCUCCCUACCCUCCGCCUGCUCCUGCGGCUGCACCGCGACAACGUACGGCCAUCGCCUGCAAAUACUGCCGAAAGAGAAAGAUCCGGUGCUCUGGCUAUGACAGCUCUCCUGAUGGCCGGUGUCAAAACUGUGUCCGGUUCAAUCAGCAAUGCUUGUUCCAUCCCGUCUCGUCCCAAGCUGCCUUUGUUCCCGCCAACGCCGUAUACGGACCCAAUGCAGCGCGGGCUCCCAUUGCUGGCCAGCCAGAUGGCCGAGCUGGCCAAAAUGGUCACCACUAUGCCCGGGAGGGUGACCCGCCGCCAAUGCUCUAUGGUGCCCACGGUCAACCUCUAGGACCCGCUGGACCUCAUGGCCAACCCCAGUACAGCUACCCCCCGCCGCCGCAUGCUGGUUAUCCGCCGGCGCCUUAUCCCUACACUUACCCUCCUGCUUCUGCACCACCACCGUAUGACGCACAUGGGCAGGGUCACGCUGCUCAGCAUGAUGAACGUGUCAGUCUCAAACGUCCCCCUCCUGAUGAUGACCCCCACAAUGAGAAAUCUCAUGCAUCCCAGUCUCCCCAUCCCACCUCCCGUGCGCGCAACAGUACGUAUGAGUCGCGCCAAAACAGCAGUGGGAGUUAUGAUUAUGCGGACCAUCCCAGCGGCGCGCCUACCUCGCCCGCUACCUCUACCAUGAGCUAUCAGUCUUUUCCGCAACAGCAGCAGGCUCGCUAUGCCAACGGCCACCAGCCUCAGAAGGGCAACGUGUCUCCGUCCGGCUUGACACCGCAGUCGGCGCAAAGCUACAAUUCCCCCCGUCAGGCGCCGGCAGGCUAUGACGACGGGCGGACUCCGCCACCCAAUCAGCCUGGUUCUGCAGGCUCAUCCACGAACGGUAGAAGUGGCAUGAAGGUGCAUGAGAUGAUUGACCAUACCCGAACCGGUGUUCCGGACCUGCGGGGCAAGAACGACAAUGACAUGUUGAGCAAGCUCGAUGGCAAGAAAUAA